AUGAAAUCUUGUGUCACUGAAGUAACAACUUGUCUCAGUCAGAGUCAUUCACAAUGGAAUAUUAUUCAACCACCAAAACAAUUUAAUACAAAUCCACUCCAAUGUGUAGAACAUCAAAAAACACUUGAUUACCCAACACUAGAACAAUGUGUUCAAUCAGUGAUUCUUAAUUCUAACACAAAAACUAUUUCAUUUGAAACAAUAUACAACCAAACACUUCUUCAAUUAUCAUCUAAAUUACAUCCAGAAGCUACUAUUCAUUAUGUUUUUGUAGUGACAUUGAUAUUAGCAAAUAAGAAACAGUAUCAUCUCUUAAACCCAUCAAUAAAUCAAUUAUCAGUGAAAAUCAUUGACUAA